UCAAGGUUUGGUAAAAUACAUAACUAAUAUAAGAGUUUGAAUGCCUCAUUUACCCUAUACCACCCCCCACAGGAUCCCUCCAUAAACAGUUGCGCUUUUGUUAAUUCUCUUCUUAACUUACAGUCUCUUUCUCUCUCGGAUCUCCACCUCUCGCGAUCUGCAAAAAUGGAUUCCUUCCCGGUGGUGAAAAACAUUCUUCUGCUAGACUCAGAAGGGAAGCGAGUUGCGGUCAAAUACUAUUCGGAUGAUUGGCCAACAAAUUCUGCAAAGUUAGCUUUUGAAAAAUCUCUUUUUGCAAAGACUAUGAAAUCAAAUGCUCGUACGGAAGCGGAGAUUACAAUGUUUGACAGCAACAUUGUCAUCUACAAAUUUGUUCAGGAUCUCCAUUUCUAUGUGACUGGGGGUGAGGACGAGAAUGAACUCAUCUUAGCUGCUGUUCUUCAGGGUUUCUUUGAUUCAGUCUCUCUCCUAUUGAGGAGCAAUGUUGACAAAAGGGAGGCACUUGAGAACUUAGAUCUCAUUUUCCUAUGCCUUGAUGAGAUUGUUGAAAGAGGCAUGAUCCUAGAAACAGAUGCCAAUGUUAUUGCUGGAAAGGUGGCUGUAAAUAGCAUGGAUCCUACUGCACCUCUAUCAGAGCAGACUAUAGGUCAAGCAUUGGCUACAGCUCGUGAACACUUGACGAGAACCCUUUUUCAGUAGUUUUCACUCACACUCAGAGAAGGUGGCUUGGUUUUACUCUUUUGGUUAUUUUUUUUUCAAUCUAUUGGCAUUUAAGCAGUUCUUUCCAUGUAUUUUUGCCUGAGUUUAUUGAACAUCGAGGAUCAUUCUAUUUAGGCUUGUAAUCAAGCAACUUCUAUCCAGCCAAUAAUGUCCCUUCUUCUUUCA